GCUAAUUUCUGUCAAGCAAUCCAUCCUAACAAUAGCUAAAAAGAUGGCAUUCUCCAGCCUUGCACUCGCUCUGAUGUGUGUCGUGAGUCUAGCCCUGGCUCAUCUUACCCAAGCCCAAAACUCCCCCCAAGACUUCCUUGCUGCUCAUAAUGCCGCACGUGCGCAGGUUGGCGUCGGCGCCAUGACAUGGGACCCUACCGUGGAGGCCUUUGCCAGGAACUACGCUAAUCAGCGUAUCGGUGAUUGCCGGCUUGUGCACUCAGGUGGGCCAUAUGGUGAGAACAUCUUCUGGGGCUCUGGCCGUGAAUUCACAGCUGCUGAUGCAGUGAAUUCAUGGGUCGGCGAGAGACGAGACUAUAACUACAACGCAAACACGUGUGCAGCCGGAAAGCAGUGUGGACACUACACUCAGGUAGUUUGGCGUGACUCGGUCCGACUCGGUUGCGCACGUGUGAAGUGCAACAGUGGUGCAAUUUUCAUCACAUGCAACUACAGCCCUCCUGGCAACAUCGUUGGGCGAAGGCCGUACUAGAGCUCUAUAAUCCAUAUUAUUAUGUUGCUACUCUUGAUUAUCUCUCCAAUAAUCUUUCUGUUGAAUAAGCUCAAGGAUCAUGUAUCCUAGAUGAGUGUUUGUUUUUAUUACUAAUAA